AUGGCAGGUAAAGUGGGAAACAGCAGGGAUGAGAAAAGCAGCCCUGUGACAGAGAAGAUGUUCAUCUCACAUCAAGACCGAAGUCAUCAAAGAGACAAGAAGCCUCUCUUCUCUCCUCUUCCUCCUCUUCCUCGUCUUCAUUUAUCUUCGCUUUCCCCAGUCUCUCCUCCCUCAGAUGAAGCCUACCUGCAGGCAGCAGACAUUUUCCAGCGGCUGCGUCCUGAGAAGCCACUCACACAUCAACUUCUGCAUUAUGCGAAGAAGACAGACACGCCUCUACCAGAGAGCGGAGACAAGACCACACAGAGACAGGCCUACCAGCUGGCCUUCAACACACUCAAAUAUCAAGAUUUACUUGAAGACAUCAUGAUGGACAGCUGCUUCCACACUUCACAGCACAUUUCCAGCGACAUGUUACCAUUGGCAUUGGUGAUGCUGUUCGACUUCCAGGACCGAAGAUUUGUGCUGCGUGAACGUUCAACAAAGGAAAGGGAGGAGCCUCACCAGGAAGUCAGGGAUCUGGAGAUCAAUCUGUACAGGUGUAAGACCAAGUUGGCAGCGUCUCUGGCUCGCUGUAGGGUGAAACUGAAUCUGCAGAGUGUUUCCUGUAUUCUGUCUGCUUCUGUGAGGACCAAACAGCACCAAGCAAAACGUCUGCCGAUUUACGCAUGGGUCAAUACACUCAAAACCAGUGUUGAAGAAGUGUGUGAGGCAUUGCAAAGUGACAGUCUGUGCGAGGUUCAGAGCAUAUCUGACAUCAGGGAAUCGACGUUCUGCAAAGACCCUCUCUGUCCAGACACACUCAUCUUCUCCCAAGACCUUCAUGCUCUGCUCCAGCACAGCAACCUCACAGCGACACAUACUCUCAACAUACAGGACAGGAGUGUGUGUGUGGCAGUGACUGUGUUACGCCCCCUGCUGUUUGAUAAUGCUGAUGUCCUGGUGGUGGGGUUCUUUUCAGCCAUGACUGUGGCUCACAUAGCCGUCGUGGCUGCCUGCUCAGGCCGAGUGUUGCUGUGUGGUGCUGAUCACACACCAUCACAGAUGGAAGAGAUGCAGGAACUGCUUACUCAAAUGAAGAUAAAAAAUGUGCGCGUGCUGUCAGAAGCGUUCUGUAGUCUGGAUGAGUGGGAUACCGCUGUCCAGCGUUUAAAGGUCAUUAUAGUGCUUCCUCAGUGCUCAACAUCAGCCCUCAAUGACCCAGUACCCACCAUCCACUGUGAACACGGAGACUGGGAUCUGCUGCAGGACUUGUCUCAUGGUUCUGUAUCCCAGAGUAAAAUGCAGACUCUGACCAUCCAGCAGGCGAGGCUACUAACCCAUGCUCUCACCUUCGCAAAGGUUCAGACUGUGGUCUACUGUACACGCUCGGUGUAUUCCCAGGAAAAUGAAGAGCUGGUGAAACGAGUGUUAGAGAAAGCACACACUCACCCCAAACUGCUGCCCUUCAGGGUGAAUGGUCCAAUUUUCCCAGACGAAUCCCAGGCAGAAGACACACCAGACUCCAAGUUCUUCAGGCUCGAAUCGUCUCAUUUCACCAACGGCUGCUUCGUGGCCCGGCUGUCCCGACAGGCGGAUCCCACUAAAGUAGAAACAGUUCAGGAUGUGUUGGCAAGGGCAGCAGCGAAGGGCCUCCUGGGUGGAAUAAUUCCUGAGCAAUCAAAAGCUGGUAAAAAGGGCAAAAGCAAGAAGAAUCGGGCAGCUUCAGCCACCAGCAAACAUUCAUCUCCUUCCAGCCAAGAUAGGCCAGCACAGACAGGAAGUGAGCUUAAAAGUGGACAAGAUCUAUACACACAUUCAGACCAUGAAGAGCAGAAAGGUGAGGAAGACAUUAAGCAUAGAGCAGAAGGAGAGGAGGAAGCUGAGGAUACAGGGGGUAAGGGACAACUCACAAGGAAGAGGAGAGGGCUUAAAGGACGCAAGCUCAAGCGACGUUCAAAACAACCCAACAGGUUUCCUACAAUCUCCAAGAUUCUUCCUAAAAGCCACAAGAAGAAACUGAACAAGAGAAAACAGACGCAUCACAAGAGGCGUCUCCAAGGUCCAACAAAAAGUAAACCAAGAAGGAUUCCUCGACUUACACUGACAUUGAUAUCCUCAGCAAAACCCUUGUCUCUGAUCACAGCCCAGGACAUGUCUGGUACCCUCACCUCUGCUGGAAAACACCCCUCCCCUGCUCGUCCUGCUCCACCCAUCCCUCCCUACAUGUCCUCCAAGCGGCAGACACAGAAACAAAACACAGAGCCUGAACAUGUAGAGAAACCACUUACUGACACAGCUAAACCAGGAAGCGUGUGUAAAGGCCACAUGAAGGGGGUCAGACCAGUUAAAGAGUUGAAGCCUGCUGGAUUUUUUCUUCCACCCAUUUCCUCCCCAACCUCCAGCUCUCUGAGCAGCAGGAGUGGUGCUUCUCUCUCACAGCCUCCAUCCACGGCCCUCCACACUCAGCACACCUGUACGUCUGCAUCUUCCCCCUCAGUGUCUCUGCCCAGUUUAGAGAAACUUUGGGUUUAG